UUGCAUCAAAGACUUCGCUGCUUCCCAGCUUGGGGCUAAAAACGGCCAUGGCUGAUCAGAAGGAAAAGCAAAUCCAAGAGGCCAAAGCUUUGCAAAAGUCCUUGGAGGAGAUCAGUGCUCAGAGAGAAGCUGUGCAGCAAGAGCUGCAAGCCAUGAAAGAAGAACUUGGCCAGUGUCAAGAGCAGGCCACUCAGCUUCAAGGACGUCUCACCACGAUCAACCAGGAGAUGACGCAGAAGAGCGCUCUGCUCAAGAGCAUCCAAGCGGAGAUGUACAAGGCGGAGAACGAAUACAUGGCUUGCCUUGAGGCACAGCCCUCCUUGGUGCAUGUCAUGAAGCAAAAGUGAUGCCGAGCUGAAGAUGUCGCGCGUGGCGCGCAAAAGACACAGAGCGGGGACAACCAGGUCAGCCUGUGGGUGAGGCAUUUAUGGGACCUGCUAUAGACCUAAC